CCUCAGACUUUCCUGCCCUGAUUGUUUCCAAACUCCAAAGUUUAGUAGACUUUAGAGUACGCCAGUACGGGAUUUCAUCUGGAUUUUCGCGCUCUUCUCAGCCUUCUAGUUUUUCUGGACCUUGAGGAAUGCGCCCUCAACACCAGUGGUUUUCAAACCUAUGGCUUAUUGUUUGUUAGCUAAUGCCUUAAUUACAGAGAGGUUUAUAUGAGCUGCGUCAGUUUGGUACGACUGUGAAGGAAUUCCGUAAAGACUGGAAAUGUCGGAUUAUCGACAGGGUCGCGAUAUGCGAUAUCGUCCAAGAGAACCGUAUCAGGACAUUCGGGAGAACCGUUUCGGAGAGCGAUCCAUGGAGCCACCCUACCAUCGACCGCGUUCCCGCUCCCGUUCGCCUGGUCGACGCCACGAGAGAGAAUGGGACAGAGGCAAACGACGCUACUCCCCGCCUCGGUCCCGGUUUGAUGAAUCUAGAGAUCAUGAUCGCUCCGAGCGACGCGCGCCACCGCCCAGUCACUCCGAUGAUCCACCCUCGCGGACCAUCAUGAUGCGCGGACUCCCGGCCGGCGCCUUUGAAGCUGAAGUGAGGCAUGCACUGGAUCCGCAGAUCGCAGCUUUUGUGGAUGUCCGCGUGCCACGCACUAUGGAAGGUGGUAAUCGUGGGUUUGGAUUUGUGGAGUUUGCGAAUAUGGAAACAACCAGUGCAUGGAUGGAACAAGUUCAGGGUGCCAUCUACAUCAAUAACCAGAGGGUGAUCGUGCAUUAUUGUGAAGAUCGAGACAUAAGCCAAAAACGGGAUGAUCGAGGCCCUCCAGCCAGAGGACCAAAGCCUCCUGUUGCAGCACAGACCGACUGGGAAUGCCUGAGGUGUGGCUGCAACAAUUUCCGGCACCGAAUGUCUUGUUUCCGGUGUGAAGCACCGCGCAGCGAAGCUGAACAUGUAACUAUACCAUCAGCCGAUGACCAAGUGGGCCUUACUCCGUGCAGUACUCUUUUACUGCGAAAUCUGGAUCCUGCGACAGAAGAUAACAAAAUUUUACAGUCGUUAUCAACAGUUUUACCCGUGUCUGGAAUUAAAACUGUAAAAAUUAUGCGGGAUCCACGCACACAGCAAUCCGUGGGUUAUGGAUUUGUUCAGUUUCGCGGUCUUCAGGACUGUACGGAAAUGUAUAACUGCCUUAUGCGCAUUAACCCGCCACUUACCAUCGAUGGCAAACAAGUUGCUGUAUCGUUUGCCAAGCAGUCUUUGAAUGAAAUAUUGUCUCCGCAACCUUUGAACCAGCCCGGACACGUUACAGCGGGAAUAUCACGGCCUGCACAUUCUGGAGCUCCUGGUAAUGAUGCCAAUUCCGCCGCAGCUGUUGCUCAGUUAGCGUUGCAGCAAAUGCAGAAAACCCAAAUGUCUGCCGCAAUUGUGCAGCAGCAUAUGCACAGUCAACAGACUCCAGCCGGUAUUCCUGCCGGGUAUCAGUUUGACGCAGCUAGUGGCUAUUAUUUUGACCCGACAUCGCAAUUGUAUUUCGAUCCCACCACUCAGUAUUACUGGAAUCCACAAACCCAGCAGUUCUUAAUGUGGAAUGCUCAGACACAGAGCUAUGUAGCAGUGGUUGCGGCUACGCAACCGGUUUCCGCUUCGGUUGCUACCACGACAGAACCAGCUAGUAAACCGGCGGAGUUUGUCGAAGAGAAACCGAAACCAGAGACUGAAAAAGAAAAAGAAGCUAGACGAAUUGUUCAGGAAAUGGAAAAGUGGGCCAGAUCGCAGAACCAGAAAGUUUUACCUCAAAAGAAACCGGCUCCUGUCGUGGACGUGCGCAUUGGGGAAGUUGCUAGUGUUUUCAAAGAGGCGGAUGAUGAAGAAGCCGUAUCUGACGAAGAAAGCAAGGUCCAGAAAGUUGUUAUGCCUGGGACAGCGACUUCGUCCAGCCUAACGCAUGGACAGCGUAGUGCUUCCAUUGAAAGCGAGGAGAAAGCCAGCAUUUCCAGUGAUCCGCAUUCACCGAAUCCUGAUAGCCCACCAACUGUGGACAACGGUGCAUCUCUGUCCAGACUGCAAGCCGCUGAGGAAAAAUUGAUUGACUGGGAGCGAUUUGCGUGUUUGUUGUGCAAGCGCCAACUGCCAUCCAGAGAGGUUUUGCAGAAACAUUUGGACACGUCGGAACUGCACCUGAAAAACCUAAUAGAGCACCGGAAAAAAACUAUGACGGAAGAAGAAAUUGAGGAGCUGGAAGCACACGAAAGGAAUUUGAAGUAUCGUGAUAGGGCCAAAGAGCGUCGACAGAAAUAUGGUGAAACUGAGCCGGCGCCACCUCUACGUGGCGCUACUGCCGCUGCAGCAGCGUCCAGUCGGAAAAGGGCUGCGCCAUCUGAAUCUGAAGCUGUGGACGAAGAGCCUGCUAAGGCCCGACUAGGAAGCGAUAAUGUCGGUGCUAAACUCAUGAAAGCCAUGGGAUGGUCGGAAGGAAAAGGUCUCGGCAAAGCUAAACAGGGCAAGGUGGACCCUGUUGAGGCUAAACUCCAUUCCGGUACGACGGGUCUUGGUGUUGAGGAAGGGGCACCGGAUAUCUUGCCCACAGAUACAUACGCCAGUAAAGUUCGAAAAACGAUGCGAAAUCGAUUUCGCCAGAUGCAAGAAUGACGCUUCCACUUGUGCGAGUGUUAAAAUUGAAGAAUUCACUGCUGGCUCUGAAAUGCGACUCAAAGGAAUUUUUGCAGUACUGGUCUUCUUUUAAAUAAACAUUGAGUCGAAGUAGAAUCCGUGCUGGCCGGAGUUGCCGCCAACUUCGCAGAUGGUAGCGUCUAAGUGAGCCAUAUAUCAACAUUGGUAUUAUUCACCUUGAAGUGUGGCCACAAAAAU